AGGACUAAGCAGGGCUGCACUCUGCUGAAGAGCUUUCAAAGAUCCCAGAGAGAUGUGUUAGAUUUAAAGGGAUAGGGGCUUGUCUUGGGAACAGGAUCAGGAUUGAAUUGGAGCUGCUUUACAGGGAGGAGGUGGGAGCUGGAAUAUAAAAGGCUGCAAGAUGGCCAAGUAUCACUGGCAGAGUCAGAACGUCAAGCAGAGUGGGGUGGACGACAUGGUCCUCCUGUCCAAAAUCACAGAGGACGCCAUCGUGGAGAAUCUCAAGAAACGCUAUAUGGACGACUACAUCUUUACAUACAUUGGCUCAGUGUUAAUAUCAGUGAAUCCAUUUAAACAGAUGCCCUACUUCACAGACAGAGAAAUCGAACUCUACCAGGGAGCUGCUCAGUAUGAGAACCCACCCCAUAUCUAUGCCUUGACAGACAACAUGUACAGGAACAUGAUUAUUGAUGCAGAGAACCAGUGCGUCAUUAUCAGUGGUGAGAGUGGAGCCGGCAAAACAGUGGCAGCGAAGUACAUCAUGGGCUACAUCUCCAAGGUGUCGGGGGGAGGAGACAAGGUGCAGCACGUCAAAGACAUCAUUCUGCAGUCAAACCCCCUUCUAGAAGCUUUCGGGAAUGCCAAGACUGUGCGGAACAACAACUCCAGCAGAUUCGGGAAAUAUUUUGAGAUCCAGUUCAGCCGUGGAGGCGAGCCGGACGGAGGGAAGAUCUCCAACUUCCUGCUGGAGAAAUCGAGAGUGGUGAGCCAGAACGAGAACGAGAGGAACUUCCAUAUCUACUACCAGCUGUUAGACGGGGCCCCCAAGGAUCAGCACGAGGCUCUGGGUAUUAUGACACCGGAUUACUAUUUCUAUCUGAACCAGUCAGGGACCUACAAGGUUGAUGGCACCAAUGACAGCAAAGACUUCCAGGAAACCAUGGAAGCCAUGAAAGUGAUUGGUAUCUCCCAGGCUGACCAGACUCAGGUGCUGCAGAUUGUGGCUGGAAUCCUUCACCUGGGAAACAUCUGCUUCAUUGAGGUGGGCAACUACGGGCAAGUGGAGAGCACAGACUUGCUGGCGUUCCCUGCCUACUUGCUGGGGAUCGAUCAGAACCGACUGAACGAGAAGCUGACCAGCAGGAAGAUGGACAGCAAGUGGGGCGGGAAGUCGGAGUCCAUCGACGUGACCCUGAACAGAGAGCAGGCCACUUACACCCGCGACGCCCUGGCCAAGGCCCUGUUCACACGGCUCUUCGACUACCUGGUGGAGGCAAUUAACAAGGCAAUCCAGAAACCACACGAGGAAUUCAGCAUUGGGGUUCUGGAUAUCUAUGGAUUUGAAAUAUUUAAAAGGAACGGGUUCGAACAGUUUUGUAUUAACUUUGUCAACGAGAAGCUGCAACAGAUAUUCAUUGAACUGACGCUAAAAGCUGAACAGGAAGAGUAUGUCCAGGAAGGUAUUAAGUGGUCUCCCAUUGAAUAUUUUAACAACAAGAUUGUCUGUGACCUCAUUGAAAAUAAAUUGAACCCCCCCGGGAUCAUGAGUGUCCUGGACGAUGUCUGUGCCACCAUGCAUGCCAAGGGAGAUGGAGCAGAUGGCACGCUGCUCCAGAAACUGCAGGGCGCCGUGGGUACCCACGAGCACUUCAACAGCUGGAACUCCGGCUUUAUCAUCCACCACUACGCAGGCAAGGUGUCCUACGACAUUAACGGGUUCUGUGAAAGAAACAGAGACGUCCUCUUCACCGACCUCAUCGAGCUCAUGCAGAGCAGUGAAUAUGCUUUCAUCAGGGGGCUUUUCCCUGAGAGCCUGAACACAGACAAGAAAAGCAGACCCACCACGGCCAGCAUGAAGAUUAAGAAACAAGCCAAUGACCUGGUGAACACCCUGAUGAAGUGCACGCCACACUACAUCCGCUGCAUCAAACCUAACGAGACCAAGCGCUCCAAGGACUGGGAGGAGAGCAGGGUGAUGCACCAGGUGGAGUACCUCGGUCUCAGGGAGAACAUCCGAGUGCGUAGAGCCGGCUUUGCCUACCGGAGAGUCUUCAACAAGUUCAUGCAGAGGUACGCUAUCCUGACAGCGGAGACCUGGCCGUGUUGGCGUGGGGACGAGCGGCAGGGGGUGCAGCACCUGCUCCGCGCGGUCAACAUGGACGCUGAUCAGUACCAGAUGGGACAAAGCAAGGUGUUCGUCAAGAACCCAGAGUCGCUGUUCCUCCUGGAGGAAAUGCGCGAGAGGAAGUUCGACACUUUCGCCCGGACCAUCCAGAAAGCGUGGAGGAAAUACAUCGCCAGGAGGAAGUAUGAGCAGAUGAGGGAGGAAGCCUCCGAUAUCCUGUUCAACUGGAAAGAGCGGAGGAGGAACAGCAUCAACAGGAAUUUUGUGGGAGAUUACCUGGGCAUGGAGGACAAGCCGGAGCUGAGACAGUUCCUGGCCAAGCGAGAGCGAGUCGACUUCGCAGACUCUGUCAACAAAUACGACCGGAGAUUCAAGUGUAUAAAGCGCGACCUCAUCCUGACCCCCAAAGGCAUUUACCUGAUUGGUCGAGAAAAGGUCAAGAAGGGUCCUGAAAAGGGACAGAUCAAAGAGGUUCUGAAGAGAAAGAUGGAGAUUAAGAGCAUCCAAAGUGUGUCUUUAAGCAUGCGGCAGGACGAUUUCUUUGUGAUUCACGAGGAGCAGUAUGACAGCCUGCUGGAAUCCAUGUUCAAGACGGAGUUCCUGAGCCUGCUGUGCAAGCGCUUCGAGGAGCAGACCAAGAGCAAACUGAACCUUAACUUCAGUGACAGGAUCGAGUUCAAGGUGAAGAAGGAGGGCUGGGGUGGAGGGGGGUCUCGUCUGGUCUUGUUUACCCGGGGCCAGGGCGAUGUGGCACAACAGAAACCAGGAGGCAAGACCCUGACUGUCAGCAUCGGGGACGGCCUGCCCAAAACCUCCAAACCCACGAAGAAAGGCCAGGGCCAGAGCAGAGCCCCUCCUCGGAGAUCUGCCCCUGGGCCCCCUAGAGGUAACUACAAGAACGGAGCGGCGCAGUUCUCCCGCAAUGACACCAGGAGGCAGGAGCAGCAGUACUCCAUGCCCCAGAUGCAAAGCCGCCCCCCUGUGGGGGUGUUGCCCAAGCAGGGCUCUACCUCCAAGGCCCGGCAUGCUAUCUCAGAGGCAGAGAACCUGGAGUUCCUCAACGUGCCCGACCAGGGUGUGGCAGGGAUGCAAAGGAAGAAGAGCAUCAGCCAGCACCGCCCCCCUCCGGCUGUGACGGGACGGCCCAAACCCCAGGCCUGCCCCCAGUGGCCCCGCUGUCGGGCCCUCUAUCAGUAUGUGGGACAGGACAUCGACGAGCUUAGCUUCAAUGUCAAUGAUGUCAUCGACAUUCUAAACGAGGACACCUCCGGUUGGUGGAGAGGAAAAUUUAAAGGCAAAGAAGGGCUUUUCCCAGGGAACUAUGUAGAGAAGAUAUGAAUUCUUCAGCUGAGAAGAAUCUGCAUUACGCCCAGGCCCAGGACAAAGGGGCUGCAGCUUUAAACACUUCCAAGUUGUCAACAUAUGUAUAUAAAUAUAUAUAAUCACACCUCCACAGCCACAUUGCUACACCAGACGUGCAGAAAAAACAUCUAAAUGUGUUCUGGGGCUAUGAUAUUAGUGCUGAAGUUCAGCACAGGCUUUGAAAGGUUGUUUUGCUGUGGGGGUGUGAUCUGUAUACAGUACUGUACAAUCGUGCAAAUAGACACAUGCACUUAUACUGGGGAGAUAAACACACUGGUUUGCAUGCAGUGAAGCCGAUUAGAAAUCCACCUACUUUAAUGUGGUAUUUUAUACAUUUUACUACCCAACUUGCCAUACUCUUACAAAGCAAUGCCUAAGCAUUUCAGCCCCCAUGCCUUGCAUUUGAACUCAUCUUCAGCCAUGGAGCACUUAUACUCAUGCAUGCGUUAUGUAUGAAACUGAAGACUGAAUUUCCAUGGGAAACAGUGUACACCUCAGUAGAAGCCCGUACCACUUUGCACGAUUAUACGGUACAGGUUGCUCAAGAAGGGAAUUAGAUGUUGUAUGUAAUAGGGAGAGGUGGAUCAUCUGUGAUCAUCCUGUAUGGAGUAUUGAUAGAUUAGCCUGUGCAAUGCUUGACAAAACACUGCUCCUUCUUGGGUCCAAUCGCCCCUGUAUUUAAUAUAUUUUAACCCUUUACUGCCCAGUAUCCAGUAUAUUUGACAUCGAGAUAAUACCAUUAAAUAGGUAUGGGAACAUACCCAGGGCAGUAAAGAGUUAAUAGAACAAAGAUGCCAGCUGCUAAGGGACAUUGCAUUACUGCAGUGCACCCCGAGCAACAUUCAGUGAAACAGAAUGAAAGCACUGUCAUCUGCAUGUGCAGUGCCAUGAAUUAUACCAAAGAACUUACAGUAUAUGCAAUAAGGUGCUGCUGAGCUCUUAUAGCCUAGAUUCUAGCUAUAUCUCUGUGCCCAAAAACUGUAAGAUACUUCAGCGUGAUUGUGGUUCACGGUCGUAAAGUAAUAAAUAAGUUUUAGAUCAAAAAUGUUGAAAAAAUGGAAAUUGUGUAGUUUUUUUUUUAUUAUUAUUAUUAUUAUUAUUAUAUUACAACUAACGUCUUUGUAAAUUAAUAAGAACUACUGCUUCCCCAAAACUUGAA